GAUUAUUCCAUCAAACCUAAGCGUAUUUGUGUCCUAGAAAAUUUGCCUCAUAAUAUAACUUCAAGUCAAUGAAAAGUUCAACGACGAAUCUUUUAAAAUGUUUAACAAACUUUUUGCUUUCCUUUUGAUUUUGCUGCCAAUUUUAACGCUGCAAAAAGGCUUCAGCUAUCAUGUGGCAAAGUUCCUGCUACCGGGCGAGACGCACAGCCACGAGGCACAGACCCUGAUGCAAAAGUUCACCCACACGAAUCGCGUGCAACUUUUUUGCCAGACAGUGGAAGUGUUCUCAUUCUGGAGGCUCUUUCAAAGCAAUCGCCUCCAUUUGGAGAUCGAAGAGGGCGCCGAAUACAAUCAGUACAAGGAGCAGACUGCGCAUGAGAUCUAUCAGGCGCAUCGCGAGCGCAAGGAGUGGAACGAGGGCAAGGCCAUGACGGGAGAGCAUAAGUAUAUUGAUAUGAAGAAAAAUUCGCAUAUAUGCUAUGGGAUCUACACGGAACAGGCCUUCAAUCUCACGCUGGAGACCAUCCACACCGACAAGUGGCGUGUGACCAAAUUCUGCCUUGGAUUUAUUCUGUGGCAGGCUGCACCGCACCUCGAGAACUCUGAGCGUUGCCUGUACGGCGUGGCGGCAUUCUUGGGCUUCCAACUGGCCGCCUGGAUUAUGAUUUUGGUCACUGGGCAUUUGCGCUUGGUGCUCGGCGGAUCCCUGUGGACGGCCUUCCAUGAGGUGCUCUACGAGCGGCCCACAACAUUGGCGCUGGCAUGCAGUGGUUGCUUUUAUGCCCUCGCUUUGGCCUGUCGGCAAUUUGAUCAUCUGUUGUGCCAACAUUGCCGCUUUCGUCAUGUUCAUCGCUGGAUUCUCAGAGGCAUUGCCUACUGGUUGAUUUACACUGCCUCGGAUCACCAGGAUAUCGGACUUUUCUGUGUGGUUUAUUUGUUUUUCUACUCCAAGAUCUUGGCGCUGCUUGGUCACCUUUUUUGGAGUUGCAUCAAAUUGUUGUGCCCCUUGCUGCCGCCGCCAGACAGGCAGCAGGAGACGGCGCAGCCUUUCUUUGACAUCUCCCAACUGCAGCGAGUGCCCAGCAACACGGCUGACGGGAGUUAUGUUUGGGCUGUGCCGGGCAUGUCCAAUACGGAUGGUAGUGGCAACGUGGCAGGUGGCACGACAUCUACGCCUGUAGUCCAGGGAAUCCGGCUGCCAAACUCUGUUGCUGACCAUCCCACUGCUCUUAUCUUCAGGGGCCAGGACAGAACAGCAUCGAGCGAUAUAUAUGGCAUCAGCAGGGAAACGCUCGUCACGUCCAGGCCCAUCUUUAGGGGUCGCGUUGGCCCCAACGAUUCCCCCCCAAUGGGCGUUCAACGCUCCUCCACUUCUGCAGAGAACCCGCGGAGCCGAAGGAACACUUUUUCGACGGCUACACUGUACCACAACGUAAACUACAGCGACUCAAAUGGGGAUACACGCGCUCAAUAGUGAUCCUGCCAAAGGAUCUCCUGUACACCUCAAACACACACGAAAAAUAAGCGGAGGAAAAGCACAGAAAAACCAUAAGGAAAAACUGGAAGGGGCAAAGCACACGAAAAUCAAGAAAGAACUAAGGAAAAACUAGAGGGACAAAGCACAGGCAAAAACCGAAAGAAAGAAAGAAGGCAGGAAAAACUGAAGGGAAAUGCAUUUGAUAAUUGAAAAGCAAAGCCCACACACGCACCCAGGCAACGGAACACGUGGAAAACCUACAUCAAUGUGCAGAGGGGAAAAACCUUUUCAUACAGCAUGGAAAAAUGCCCUCAAGGCAGCGGGCGGACAGCAAGGCAGGCAGCAGGC